UAAAAGCAGCCGCGCGGGUGGCUCGUCGUGCCCGCGCCUCUCCCGCCCGGGAUGGACUGAGCCUCGCCGGCGGCCCGCGCCGAGUGGGUCCCGCCUGGGCCAGACUCCGGACGCAGGACACCGCCUUGCGCGCUCCCCGCAGACGGCCCCGGACCGGCAGCCUCGCCGGGGAGAUGUCCGGCGGCCGGAGGAGGGGCGGCGCCCCCUGGCACAGCCUCUCCCGGUUCUUCGCUCCUCGAAGCCCUUCCCGGGACAAGGAAGAGGAAGACGAGGAGAGGCCAGGGACGAGCCAGCCGCCCGCUCUGGGCCGGGGCGCUGCCAGUGUUGAAAAUGAGCCCAUGAGUACAAGUCAGAAAAAGGAAAAUAUACUUUCAUCAGAAGCAGUAAAGAUUCCCCAAAGUGAGGACAAAAGGAAUCACGCUGAGAAGCUAAUCACUCUUCCAGUGCAGGAAGAUUCCAAAAAGCCAAAUGACCUUUCUGGUUCCACUUCAGAUAGCAAAAUAGAAAGUGAUCGACAGCCAAAAGAAAGCUUUUUUCAGUUUCUUGGUAAUUUAUUCAAUAUCUCAGGAAAAUCAACUCUUGGCGAAGCCAAGCAACCUUCUUUAAAAGGUGACCAUGACAAAACUGAGAAAGGCGUACGAAAUCCCAGUGACCAUCAUGAGGAAGGGAUCAAAAAGGAGAGGGCGAUUUCCAGCGGCUCCCUGGGAACCCAGGCACUUCCAGCAGAAGAACAGGAAUCCAACUCCACUGAACUCUCAGAUGCCUUUUCUUUGGAUACAACACAAGACAGUGAACAGGAAACCAGUGACUUGAUAAAAGAAAUGGAUGGUAAACCAGAGAGGCCUUCAGUAACGUAUGCAACAUACCGAGGCCCCAGACAAAUUAGGAAAUAUUUGAAACAGCAGACCAUGUUAGAAACUGUGACUCCCUUGGACAGAGAAAAUGAAACCUCUGACUCUAGUAUAAGCACACACAUUGUCCCUGGGAGUGAGACAGAGGCUGUGACGCUGCCGUCUUUGUCAUCAUUUAGCACAGAUGUAUCUAUGAAAGGACAUACGCUGGGAGGCCCAUUAGAAGACUCAAUAAAUCUCAACACAGAAAGCCAUCUGACAAACAAUCCAGAAGUGCCAAAUAUUGCCUCUUUUAAGGAUGUUUUGAAUAAAAAUGAUCCUAGGGGACUUGAGAGAAGUAGGUCAUCCCUUUCUGUGACUCACUCCGGCUCCGCUGUUGGAGAAUAUGACGCACAGCCCCAUUUAAGUUGUGUACCAGUUUCUCAGACUGACAGAAACUUGGUAUGUUCAGGGUUAUUCACAGGGAGUAACAGUAGCAGUGUUCCUUGCCAUCCAGACUUUCAGAGGGUAACUACAACAGAAACUACGCUAAGAGAGAGCAGCUCCGUGGUGAGUGAUGGGAUGCUAGCGCCAAGAGAAGAGCAUGUGGAACCUCAGAGCCCUGCUGCUUCUGACUUCUCUUGUAGUGAAUCUGAUGGAAGUGACACUACCAAACAGGAAAAUGCAGAUGUGCCGAGUCCAAAUGAAUCAAUUAGACAUGAAGAUCUGCGCUUGCCAGAGAGUAAGUAUCCUGACAAGCAAAUCAUAGAUAACUCAUCACAGCAGGCUGCCAAUCACACCGGCAGCACUGCUCUUCAGAGACUUGCUGUGACAGACACGGAACUUGUAAAUGAAAGUAAUAGGUUGUCUGUCCCAGAUGCUCAGGAAAACGUGGCUGGUACAGAAAUCAGGCAAGAAACAGACAGUGUCUCAGUUGGUGAACUCACAACUUCAAGUCAUGUAAAAGCUCCAGAAGAUAGAAUUGAGUCACUACCCAAAGAUACUGACCAGUUGUUUGUAACGGAAGCCAAAAAGUUUGAUUUGGGGCCACCUGGCAAAAUGCCUCCCACUUCCAGAAUAAGUCAAAAGGACCCUGCCGCUGUAAAAUGCAUAGGUGAAUCAGUAGUUGUGGCAUGCUUAGAAAACCACAUAACCCCUGAACUGACUUUUGAACUUCACAAAAAUAACAUUUCAGAAUCUCUUCUUGACUCGGAGAGUCCCCAACAAACCAAAGUAUCACCCGAUACCAGAACGUCUCUUACCCUGGACUACACAAAAUCAAAUUUCGAUGCUUCAUCUCCUACCUUUGUUUCUGGAGUUGGCAUGCUGAGCAGGUUGGAUGUUCCUGUUUCAGAGGAGGAGGAGUCUUCUGGGUUCAUUGAAACUGGGGAUGUCAGCAUUGCUGGAAUUUCCUGUGAGCCUACUAAGUGUCGAGGAGCAAAUGUGAAUCAUGUUGAGGCUGCAGAUGGGAAGAGUCCUCCAGCUGGCCUUCACCUUGAGCAUGCAUCUGCACUUCUUGAAUCCAAGGAAGUUCUUCCUGAUAGUGAAAAAUGCCAAUUUCCACUCGAUCUUGAAGCCAUUGACACCCACUUAACUGGAGUGGACUUGAGGUUGGAGUCUGAAAGCCUCUCUGAGGACCACAGUUCCACAUCAUCUCAAGACCCUAAUAAAGCAGAGUUAAUGCUUUCAAACACUAAAGCAAGGGAGAGCGCUAUAGAGAAGUCUGAUUCCCUUUCCUUGGAAACCAAAACUGAUAACAUCGCUGAAGUUUUAUCAAAAGCUGAAGUUGGUGGUCUGAACAGUGUUCCUGUUGAGUCACAUCCGGGAAGAGGAAAGCCUAUAGCCCUCUGCAACAUACCUGUUUCUCAAACAGAGUCCAGAGACAUAUCUCAGGAUAAUGUUUCUUCUCUAUUCGAAAUUACAGAUAUGCCAGCAAAGUCUGUUUUAUCUGAAUUAACUUCCCUAGAGGUUGAACAGGAUAAAAGUUUUCAAUUGACGGAUCCUAAUGAGAUUAAAGAGAAAUACUCAGAUGUAGGGUUUAGAGAGACUUGCCAAGCUGAGGUUCCUCCUUCUGUCUCCAAAUAUCAAGGUAUACGGGAAACAGAGGUAGAAGCCUUAGGUUAUCCUGCUUUACUCAGAGGUAGUACAUCUGGAAUUUUACCUCCUGUUCAUGAUGAAAACGUCACCAAGCAAAUGGUACAGAAUUGUGAAGCCAACACUGGUGUGAUUUGUCAACCUUCAGAUAUUUCUAGGUCUAAAAAGGUUUCUGGCUUCUCAGAAAAGGCAGAGCUCAACUUAACUAAUACUUCUCCAAAAGGCCAAAAAACUGACAGCACAAAAAUAAAUUCACCUUUUCUGGGCUCUGAUACCAGUUUGGGGAAAAAGCCUUUUGCACCCAAGGAUUCAAGCUUUCUUAACAUUCCUUCUGUGUUGAGAUCAGAAAAGAAAGCCUUAUCUCACAGAAAGAAAGAGAACAGUCCUUUCUUAAGUGGUGGUAUUAAUAGCUUGUCUUCUUCUCAUAAUGCUGAAGAAGUUAGCAUGGUUACAAGUUCACGUGAUCCCCCAAAUAAUUUUGGUUCUAUAAAAGUUACCACAGAUGUCACACAUGAAGAUGCCUCCUUAACUAACCCGCUCUACCUUAAUAGCUCUUAUUUGGAAUUUGAAACAUCUGUCCCAACAGAGGCAGAAGUGACACCAUUUCAGGAACAUUUUGGGAAUCAUACGGGGAAGGUAUCUCUGGAUUUCCCAACUGCUGCCCAAUUUGACAGUCCCCGGGAAGCAGAGACUGGAGCAGUUGCUGGGGCUCCAGCGUCAGUUAACAGCUCCACGCAGCCGUGUUCUGAAGCAUCUACUGAGCAUAUAGAAGCAAGGAGGGGAGUGCAGGACCAACAUUUGGACCUCAAAAGUGGUUCAGUUAAAAAGGCUGAUACAUUGUUUGGUGCGAGUUUUAAUUCUGUCAGGGAAGAACUAAAAUCCAAACCCACAGCUGAUGCCUGCCAUGCGCGUAUAGCCCUCGACGGCAUAAUGAAUCCUGAUACCCUGAAAGAAGACAUCCCUGAGAAAAACCCAUCAGAAGUGACAUCAGCAGGGAUCCAACUUACAGACCAUUUGGAAGAGAAGGACAUGGACAACAUGUCAGGAGUUCAAGGGGAAGAAAAGGCCUAUGUUUCACCUACGGCGGGUGACAAGAGCCCCCUUUUUGAUUCUGAGCGAAUGAGUGUAUCUUGUUUGUUAGAAGAUCGAGCUAGGGUAUUAGUCAAUGAGGUUAUUAAUUUCGCCCGAGAAAAUAUAACAAAUGAUGCUCUUGAAGAUACUCGAGAUACCUGGGAUUCUGAACUUCAGGCUAAUACUUCAAAAAUUCUGAACAGUGGUGGUGUUAAGCCUCAUGAUAUGGUAAGGGAGUUCUUGGUGUCAGAACAGGAAGUAAAUCAAAGCACCUGUGAAAUUAGUGAACAUAAAGUAUUAGGUCAAUUCUCUGUAAAUAACUUAUUUAGUGAUACAGAGUCAAUUAAAGGAAGAGAAAUUGUUCCCUACCAAGAAUCCCCAUUUUCUGGAAGUGGAGCUGGACAGUCUGAAGGCAUUAACUUGCAGGAAUCAGAUACUGUUUUACUCACUGAAAACGUGUCCCAUAAAGAGUUAGAUGAUAGGGUAAAAACACAUUUACUUCUCAAAGAGGACUCUAAAGAGAAAAUGGAAAUAGUGUGUGUGGAUAAUCACAAAAAUGGAACAGAGGAUACUAGAACUCUUGUAUUAAAUUUCAAAUGGCCUCCAUUUCCGAAUGAUGACAUCCAUGGACCCGGGACAUCCAAAAGCAGUUUGUCUGAUAGUCUUGUGUGUAUAUCUGAAAAAGCCUUGCCAGGACACAGUAAUAAAAGCACACCACUUGCAAUGUCAGAAGUAGGGAAAGUACACAGAAAGGAUCCUGAAGUAAAUAUAGGAAAAACAGAGCUUAUACCUUCCAUUUUAGAAAUGGGAAAAACAAACAGAAAGGAUGCUGAAUUGAAUAUUAUGAAAAAUGAGGCAGUCCCUCCUAUGUCAGAACUGGGAGGAGCACGUAAAAAGGAUGAUGAAUCGACUAUCGCAAGAACUGAGCCAAUAACUGACAAUUUUAAAAUGCAAGAAGUACACCAAAUGGCUGCUGAGACGUGUGUUGAAAAAACUGAGGGAUUGCCUGCCAUCUUAAGACUAGAAAAAGCUUCUAAGAUGGGGGAUACUGAAACGGAUAUUGGCAAAACUGACAUGGUGCCUGUUGUGUCAGAAGUGAAAAACACCUGUCAAGAAGAUGCUGAGGGGAUGAGUGUAAAGACUGAAGUGAUGCCUGCUGCAUUAGAAACGGAAAAUAUUUACCUGAAGCAUGCUGAAGGUGAUGUUGGCAAGAUCAGGGUGGCAUCGAUGUUGUCAGAAAUGGGAGAUGUCUACCAAAAAGAUGCUGAGGAGCUUACUGAAAAGGUUGAAGUAGUACAGGCUGUGUUCGAUGUAGAAGGUAUUUACCAAAAGGAUGCUGAAGGGGAUAUUGCAAAGACUGAGGUGAGACCUGUUAAGUUAGAAACGGAAAACAUUUACCCAAAGGACAUUGAAAGAGAUAUGGACAAAACGGAGACGAUGUCCAUUACGUUAGAAGGUAAUGUCUACCAUAAAGAUGCUGAGGGGAUCACUGAAAAGACUGAGAGACCUGUGUUGGAAAUGGAAAACAGUUACCAAACGGAUGCAGACGGGGUUAUUGGAAACACCGAAACAGUCCCUUUUGCGUUGGAAGUACACGAAGCCCACAAGAAGGCAGUCCCUGCCUCCUUAGAAAUGGAAAAACCAUGCAAGAGGGAUGCCAAAGAGAUGACUGGAACCGUUGUGUCCAUGCCCUCUAUGAUAGAAAUGGAAAGAACAUCCCCAGAAGAUUCUGAUGGAACUGUCAGGAAACACCAGAUGUUGUCCGCAGUGGGAAAUGUGGAGAAAGCAUAUGGAAUGGGUCUGGAAUUGCCCAUUCCACAAGCAGAGGCCAUGCCUCCCAUAUUUGAAACUAAAAAAGCACCCCAAGAAUAUGCCAAAGGGAAUAUUGGAGACAUGGAGGAAAAGCCCACUGAAGGAAAGGAAGAUUUGAUAGCGCGUGACCAUAGACUUGCUUCGUAUUUCAGGGGAUGUGAAUCGCCUACAUUAAGUAAGGAUUAUGAAGGCUACCCAGCCUUAGCAAUGCCGUAUUUUCAACCUGCAGAUACCAGAGGAAGGCUAGACAAAAGAACAUACGUUACUGCAGUAGAUAACAAAACAGGACAUGUAGGUGAUUAUAGCGAUGAAAAAGAACAGUCUAACUUAGCCUUCGUUUCUCAGGAUGAACAAGAAAAUUCUUCCUUUACUAUAUUAUAUGAAGAACCUCUUCGAGAUGAGGACAAGUAUGCUACUGCAGAGAUAAGAACACACUCCCUUUCGUUCCCUGAUACAUCCACUGACAGCAUGCCUGUUCUCAUGUGUGAACGCUCAGAGAGUAGAACUGACCUAGUCCAUCAUUUUGAAAAGGAUACUAAAUUAGGUGAGACCUUUGAUAGCGAUAGUUCAGAAAUGUUCCUGUCGGUGGAGGCCAAAAGGUACAAAAUUUAUCCCUUAGCUUUGUCUCCCAUUUAUGAAGAUGACAGCUCUCAGGAGGACAUUCUGUCCAGCGAGGUCUCGCCUGGUCAUCAUGGCUCCACCAAAUCUAGAGAGCACGCAAACCAGCCCUCUUCUGUUUUAUCACUUCUCCAGUCGGUAUCAGAGCGUUUGAAGAUGAAUUUUGAUGAGGACGACAGGCAGGAGUUAGGGGAAGAGGAGGAGGAAGAAGAAGAACCAUUGCAUAAAGGAAGUCAGAGAGCUAGGAGGAGGGAAACCGUUAUCUUCAAGCUGCCAGGUCCUUCCAGCACGUUUUACCCUGAUGAUGACGAGGAAAGGACUGGAAUUGCUAAUAAUUCAUGUGUACAGUCAAAUGAACCUCCUCCUUCCAAUCUGCAAAUUGGUCUGUGGGCAGAUAAGGCCUCAGUUCCACAAAAAUCUGACCUUACUUCUAAGCUACAUUCUUCGUUAAGGAGUGCUUAUCAUCAAUAUUUGCAGACUUCUAAAAUCCAGUCCUCAGAAAAAGGAGCCAGAUUUGGUGGGACUUUGCAGGAACCAGUGUCAAAAUAUUUCCGUACUCAAGACAACUCAGGGAGAUUCAACCCAUUUGCAGAGAAUGUUGACAGACAAACUCUGAGGUGUAAUCCAAGACCUGGGAAGAUGGUUAUCUAUGAUCUCCAUGGAAGUAAAUAUAAACAAGAGGUCUAUUGUAAUAUUCUUGACGCUACAUCAUGGUCCUUUCCGAAUGGGGUCCUGAUAAAAGUUGUAAGGGGCUGUUGGAUUUUAUAUGAGAAACCACAUUUCCAAGGUCAGAAAUGCGUGUUAGAAGGAGGGGAAAAGGUGUUAAAUCAGGAUUGGAUCCUUCAGAACAGAAAGCAUCCACAAAGAAACUUUGUAUUGGGUUCUAUCAAACGUGUCUUAAAGCAUUGCAGUGUUCCAGAGAUAGAAUUUUGCCUACAGUCUGACCCGGCGUGUUGUCCUGUCUACAUCCAGCGAGCUGUCCCCAAUUUGGAGGAGCUGAACGUCCCCAAAUCCGUGUCCUUCACUGUGAAGUCGGGAGUUUGGCUUGCCUACCCAGAUAUUAAUUUUAAGGGGCAAGCUACAGUUCUGGAGGAAGACCAAGGACUCUUUGAGAUUUCUGCAGCAGAAAUGAAGUCAUUGCAGCCACUUCAAAUGGGUGGACUGAAAGUGGAAAUGCCUAUGAAUUUAAAGGUUAUUAUUUAUGAAAAACCUCAGUUCCACGGACAGGCCAAAGAGUUUAGUGAACAUAUAGAUUCUGUCCCUAACUUUUUAAAGAAUGAUGAGGACUUUCAUGGAAUCGGAUCAAUUCGUGUCAUCGGUGGAGUGUGGGUUGCCUAUGAAAAAGAACAUUUUAAAGGCCAGCAGUUUUUGCUUGAAGAAGGUGAUUUUGAAGACAGCAAUGCCUGUGGGGCGUUGAGUGGCCCCAUCUUGUCUUUCCGGUACUUACAAGCUAAUUUUAUAGAGUCUUCCAUCACACUGUAUGAAUCUGACCUGGAAAAUGGGAAGUUUAUUGACAUUACAAAUCAGGAAAUUUCUGACUUAGAAGAAAUCAGCUUUGGCAGUGAAACAAGAUCCAUUCAUGUUAAAAGUGGAGUGUGGGUUGCCUACCAGCAGAAGUUCUUCUGUGGAGAACAGUACAUUUUAGAGAAAGGGAAAUACAAAUGCUUUUUUGACUGGGGAGGAUCAAAUAAUACAAUAAUGUCAAUACGGCCUGUCCAACUGGAGCCACUUGGAAUAAAUGAGCCUCCACAUUUGCUCAAAGCAUUCAGUAAACCCGGGUUCCAAGGUGAAUGUAUAGAUUUUACAAAAGAAAUUUCUGAUUUGACUUCUUCAUUCACUCCAUGUUCUUUUAAAGUUCUUCGAGGUUGUUGGCUCCUGUAUUACCAAGAGGGCAUGUCUAAUAACCAGUGCGUGUUAGAAGAAGGCCUCUAUGCUGACCUUACUUCCUGUGGCUGCUCAACAUCUAAAGUCAAAUCCCUCAAGCCCAUUGACUAUGUUUUUGAAGAACCCUCCAUCAGCCUUUUUGCUCUGGAACACUGUGAGGGAAGAGAGUUACAUCUAGAAGAGGCUGUGAACUCUGUGCUAAACAAGGACCUGCACUUCUACACCCAGUCUGUGUGGGUGAAAAGUGGACUGUGGAUAGCCUAUGAAGGACCCAAUUUCUUGGGAAGGCAAAUCCUACUCGAGCCUAAUGAGAUCCCAAAUUGGACAGCAUUCAGUGGAUGGAAAACAAUUGGUUCCCUCCGUCCUAUGAAGCAGCCUGCAGUGUACAUUAGAAUAAGGAACCGAGCGCAGAAAGAGUACCUGACAGUCACCGGGAAUGUCGCAGACACACGGGCCACGUCUGUGUGUGUGUCUUCCUACAGUGGAAAAAAUACUCAGACCUGGUACUACUGCCGAGGGCUCUUCAAAUCCAAGGCCAGUGAUACGUGUCUGGAUGUCAUUGGUGGCCGGGACAUGCCUGGAGCUAAAGUAGCCCUAUGGCCUGAACAUGGGCAGUUCAGGCAGAAGUGGAGACUGAACAGAAAUGGAACCAUCAGCUCCUAUCUCAGUGAACAACUUGUCCUUGAUAUUAAAGGAGGAAAUUAUUAUGACAAGACUCAUGUCAUUGUAAAUCAGCCCAUAGAGGGAGAAGAAACCCAGAAAUGGGACAUUGAGAUAUUGUGAGAGAACCUGCAGCAUAGCAUCCCUAGGAGGAGCGAAGGGAAGAGGAACCUCACGUCCUGGAUCACUGACAAUGAACUUCUUCCCAAGAUAAGACUGUUACUGUUAACCUUGGGAAAAGCGCAGAACGUUCUCGCCGACUGUUGAGUGUUCCCUAUCAAGACUAUGUCGUGACUUCUGGGAAAGGUUCUACUCCUGCUUGAUCUUCACUUUUGGUGAGCAAGGUGACUGAAGUCUGUGUUUUCUCUCCUACCCACCAAAUACAAAUCCUAUUCCGGAUAGCCAUCGUAUAGGACACUGGUGGUGCUGUCAUCCUGCUUUAGUUAUUAAUAGCCUAGUAGACGCAUGUAUGAGUGCAAGGCACAGAGAAAUAAAUUCCUAUAGGUCGAGUCAUACUUCUGCAAAAAGAUGAGUAACUUUUUAGCAAUGUUUGAAGACAUAUUUAAUAACCCUUCUUCUUAAGCUGCUAUAUUAGCUACACAAAGGUUCUCUGUGGAGGCUUUUAUAACUGAAGCACCGUAUUUAUACUUACAGCUGAUCCCAGGGAGGGACCUCAGCUUUAUUAGGAAAAGACUCAAGUACUAGAGUAUUUCCUGUAGCCAUUCUUUGCUCAGUCCUUCAAACUAAAAAAAGCACAAAUCCUUGCACUCUAAGUAUUAACAGAGACUCCCUUCUGGGCAACAGCACUCUAACCAUGUUUACCUAUCCUGGUGCUGAGACUUCACCCUCAAUGUUUUUGCUUGAUCUGCCCUCAAAAAGUGUUUAUAAAGACUGUGUCACCUACCUAUAAGAUAGUCAAAUUUUCUUUGCCUGAAGUAAAAGGUAAUUUCAAAUGUUCAAAUUAAAACCAAGUAGUAGUUGAGUCUUGACUAUACCAUGUUAGUAAAUGUGGCGUUGAUUUCUCUGUGAAAUGACAGAAAAAUCACUUUCACUCCCAUUUUAAAUAGUUUUCUUUUGAGCAAAAUCAGGUAGGAUGUCAUCUGGGACUUAGUUUCACGUAAUCAUUACCACCUUUAACUAUACAAUUCACAAGCAUUUUUCCCUCCUGAACUGGUUUUAUGCUUAUGUAGAGACAACUAUUUUUUUUUUUUAUCAGCUUUUGCCAGAAAGCAGAAAAAUGUGUAUCCUAUUUUUAUAUAGAAAGAUUAAGUUGUCCAGUGGUAUUUUUAAAAAUAUCAAUCUAUAUGCACUUUAGAAUGUAAAAUAAUAGUGACUUGUUUUAAGCUCAAAGACCCACUAUUUUGAGUAUUAAAUUUUAUAUAGACAUGGUCUUCCCAUGUUAAUAUUAUUGGGUUUUCUUUUUCCUUCAAUCUCAGGCUCUUUUGUCAUCUCUCAAGCAGCAUCUGUAAAACUCUCUUAUGAGUGCUUCUCAUUAGUGUGGCAGUAUUAUUUAAUGAAACUUACAGGAGUAACUUUAUUUUAAAGGGAGGGCUUAUGUAUACACAAAAGUAUGUGUAUUUUCAUUGUUAAAAAAAAAAAAGUUAACUUUUUUUCAUGUUAAUUGUUUAAGAUUUUUCUAGAGCCAAUGAGGCUCUUUAAAGAAGUUUCUUCCAAAGACAAAGCCAGGUAACGACAUCUAAAUUUAAAUGAUACAUUUAUUGUAGUUGUGCCUUUUCUACCACACUGGAUUAAAUAAACUUGUCAGAAGUA